AUGAUGCUGUAUUGCCACCGAACUGUGCUGAAGGCUUCAAAAAAACUUCAGACUUUGUGCAAUCGUGGUCUUUCUUCUUCUUCCAAAGCCGAUUUAGUUCAUGACAAAGGAUCUUCUUUGCCUGUCCUUCCUCCUCAAUCACUGUCAUCACCGUUGUUGUUUUUACCUCCGAAGGUUGAUGUAGAUGACAAGUUAGAUGAAUCAUUUUCUGCGAAACACCAUGAUUAUUUUCACUUCUUCAGUCCUGCAGAGCAAAAAAGAUUCAGGGUUACAAAGAAACAGUAUAUACCGGGGCAGGAUAGGGAGAUUCUUACGCCAGAUGAUGCGGUUUGUGUUGGCUCCUCUCAUGGGUGGCUUGCCUUUGUCCACCCUCGUAGUUGCAGCCCCUACCUCUUCAAUCCACUAUUACAAGAGUCUCCACAUCUCCCCUAUGUCCCUCUCCCUCCCUACGAAACCUUGGAUGAUAUACGAUGUCUCCGUGUCCAAAAAUCAAAUUACCUCUCCCCUUCUCCUUCUCUUAUCAAAGACUUUGUGUUGCUCUCACUGGAUUCAGAUUAUCAUAGAUUCAUUCAUGAGAAUAUCUGUCAGAGUUUCAUACAAAAGUUUGCUAUGUCAUCAGCCCCGUCACUACCACGUUCUUCAUUUUCCCAAAAGAGUACUGACCAUCACAACUGCACCGUCAUGAUUAUUGAUCGCGAACAUUUAUGUUUCUGUGAACUCGGGGACGAGAGGUGGCAUGCCUUGGGUGAACCAGACGGUUUUUUUUACCAAGAAAUAAUGUAUUUCAGCAAGGAUCAACGCUUUUAUGCCAUGAGUGGCGGACAACAUUUUGAAGCUUGGGAUCUCAGCGAUCCUUCUGCUCCAAAACGUGAAGUGAUCAAUCCUUCUUCUAGUCCUCUGGAACUGGGGACAGUAAGAGAAUUUAUGAGAUCUACUCCAUAUUGCGGUUACUUAUAUUAUCUUGUGGAAUCCUCGGGGGAUAUUUUGUUUGUCGUCAGGUUUUAUGGUAAUGCUGGACAUUCUGAUUGGGAUGGCCCUCAGGACAGCGACCAAGAGGAGGACCGAGUGGAUUUCGUUAAUACAGAUUACACCGGAGAUUUUAUUGAGUCAUUGAGAUUUUACGUUUAUAAGUUGAAUUUGGAUCAAAAUAAAUGGGAGUCUGUGGAAUGCCUGGGUGAUCGGGCAUUAUUUGUGGGUUUGAAUCACUCUUUUUCUCUCUCAACUUGUGACUAUCCAGAGUUAAGGGAGAAUUCCAUCUACUUCACAGACGAUCAUGAAGUAGCAGGCAACCAUACAGGUCACGAUAAUGGCAUCUUUCACUUGAAAGAUAACAGUUUCACACCUUAUUAUCCUCUCAAUUUGAAGAGCAGGAAGUUACCCCCAGUUGCAGUACCCCAACCGGUUUGGGUUGUCCCCAACAAGUUAUAUAGUUCUGCAGUAUAA